AUGUUAGAAUCCAAUAAAAACAAGUUUUGACGCUUGCGGUAAUCUUCCUGAAUCGCCAACACCAUAUCCCGCUCGAUCAUCUUCCAAACUUGGAAUAUAACUACGGAACGCGAUGACUCACCACCACCACGACCACAGCCAUCACGUUAUCCAUGUCCGUCACGAGUCUAACUGUCCUCCACCACCGCCGCCUCCGACCGGCUCAAUCGUAUCAGGGUAUCCGGCGGAGUGUCCUCCACCGGUACGUACACAUCACACACAUCAUCAGCAUCAUACGUAUCAGGAUUACUGCCAUACACAACCACCAUAUUCCAAUCGACCGGUGCAUUCAGAUCUGAACCAUCAUCAUCAUUCAACGUCUGGGGAUUACUUUGUAUUCUUGGUACUGAUUGGGGUGUUGGUGCUCAUCUGGUAUUUUUCAUGAAACUGAUCUGCUCAAUGAUAUCGGUAAUUUUCUUACAUAAUUUUGUUUUUCAACUGAAUUAGUAUCUUCAAAUUAUAGGCUAUAAAAGCUUUUGCAUAUGUGAUAUGCCUUACCGUACUAUGUAAUGUAUAGUACUUUGUAUAUGGUACCUCAAAGCAUGCCAUGUAUAAGUCCCAAUGUGGUUCAUUAUGGUUUUUUUCUUUCUUUUUUGAACAUAUGUAUGUGGUUCUUGGCU